AUGAGUGGAACAUUACUUUUAAUCUUUACCAGCACAGCGUACUUGGUUCUGGAGACAAAUGGUUUGGCUGCUGCUCCGAAAAUCCAAUACACGCAUGGCGUAAGUCAAUAUUUAAUUGCGCGCUAAAUGGCACUAUGUUUCAUUGGUAGAUUUAAGGCCGAGACACACCGGACGGCGGACGCGAUUUGACAACGCGGCGCGAUUUUUCGAUUUUCACUGACCGAUAAUUAACUUUGAUUCUGGCUUGAGUUUUUCAAAUAUUUAGCAGCGCUUUAACAAUUUGAGUUAUUUGGUCUACAUAUCUUUUAACAUUUCCUUUCAUUGGCUAUUUUAUUAACUUUCAAAAACUGAAAAAUAGCGUCCGGAGUGUCUCGGCCUUUACAAUGCGUGACUGCUAACACUCAGCAACUCCUCGUUUGACCGGGACUUUUCGCUGUUGAGGAUUCCCUGCCUUUAACCGUGUAGAGAUAAGAAGUAUCCAUGUAAUAAUAUUAUAAUGUACAAACUAAGUUAAAUAAAUUUGUGUGCUCAGCUCGAAUUCGCCUGCAUUGUUUCAUGUGUUCAUUCAAUGAAUCCAACUGUGGGCGGUAAUAAUUUAACGCUGGAUAUAUUACCCUCGGUUAAAAUUUAAUCUGCUGUUUUAGUUUAUGUAUUUCUGCACGUCUAUUUGUUUCAAAACCUCAGAAGAAGAAAACUCCUACCGAUCCAGACAAUAUUCCUAAAGACAUAUAAUUUCCAAAUUUAUAAACACGAUGUUGGGAAGUUUUCUUUGAAUUUUAUAACCUGGCUUUUAAACAACUGGCCCCUGUAGUACUGCUUUCAUGUUUCAAAAAAUGGAGGGGAUUAUUAAGCAAUCAUUAAGUAUCCGUUGUUUCUUCCGGACUAGUUGAUCUUGAAAGAUCUCGCUAGAUUGGCACACGGAUCGAUAUCAAUGAGGUUACUCUUAUCAUGUGAAAUAAUAUACCGAUAUACCGCAGCUACUGUAUUUCAUGUUGGAGCCAUAUACAUGACCUAAUAGUAUGAUCGUAGUAAUCAACUCAAGUACAGAUUACUAACAUUACCGCAUCAUUUCAACACUGCAGUUGCGAAGAACUUUCCAGGUAAUGAAUAUACAAAAAUAUUGGGAAGUCAGCCCCUUCCUUCCCUUCCCCAAACUGACAUUACGUGUUUAACAAGGGGCUGAGCCCCCUGAGCCGCCCACCUCUUCUACACCCCUGAGUAGUGAUAAGCGACACACUUUUCAGUAAUGCGCAUACUUGUACCAAAUUUACCCGUGCGUGGACGUUUGAAAACUCCUGUUUUCGUCCGUUGAUGAAAGAUGCAACAAUUUUAUCUUCAUACAUCUAGCAAAAUCCUUAUGAUCCAGGCGUAUGUAAUUCUCUGACUAAAGGCGAUUUGAGGAUGGUGAAAGACAGAAAUCAUCUCAAUAAACUUUUACUCUGUAUCAAACAAGCAACGCACUUUUACUGGAAGAUGAUGUCUAACUCAGGUAUUAAUAUACUUCUUGUAUGUAUAGAACUAAGUUUUUUUCUAAAAGGGUUUUAAAUACUUGUAAUGUACAACUCUAAAGGUUGUAACAUGUAGUGUUUUUCACAUGUAGGAAAUUCAUACGGCAACUAUUUUGACCCAGCCAAAGACUGUUCGUCCAUACUGGACAAAAUUCCCGAUGCCAAAACUGGAGUAUAUUGGAUUAAAACUGACAAUGGACCGAAAAAGGUAGAGAAUAUGUCAUGGAUAAAUAGUUUUGGCUCACAUGUUGACUGCUUAUCCUUAUGCAAAUGAUUCCGGCUUAUCCGUAUUUAUAAUGAGCUUAUUCGGAUUUUUACUAUAAAUUGUACAAAACAUGAACCGUUAUCCGGAUUUUGAAGCAAAAGAUUUUCGAGCCAGUGAUUUUUCUCGGUUGAGUAGCCAAUCUGAAUGUUGGAUUUUGUGAUGGACCACGGUUGAGUGUAUACUGACAAUAAUUAAGAACUGAUAUAAAUCAGUUAACUCAUAUUCGAUAGCUCUGUUCUUCUUCAUAUAGGCUUGGUGUGAUUUGGUUACAGACGGCGGGGGAUUUUUUUGA